UAUGUUAUGGGGGGAUACUCAUUAUUUAAAAAAUAGUGUUUGAAAUGUUUUCAGUUUUGUUUAAGAUAUGCUAGGUCUGGUUUCAUGUGCACGGUUGAUUAUCUCAGUACUAACGUCAUGGAAAUAGUGUUGAUCCUCCACCCUCAUCAUAGACUGCUGGGAGCUGCUACAUGAGAAGACCAAUGAAGAGCUCACAUGCACAGCUCAUUGCCUGACGAGACUGCCUGAACUCCACCACCAGAGGAAUAAACAGAAGAGAAGAGAGUACUUUGAGAGACAUGUUGCAGUGUCGAGUGAAUUUCCUGGAUGACACCCACUUUGUGUGGGAACUGGAGAGAAAUGCAGUGGGACAAGAUCUCUUCAGUAAAGUUUGUGAACACCUUGACCUGCUGGAGAGGGAUUAUUAUGGUCUGGUUAUGUGGGAUUCUCCUAGUACCAGGGUAUGGCUGGACUGUGCUAAAGAGAUCCGAAAACAGAUAAAAAGUCCAGUAACUGAAUUCUUUUUCAGCAUCAAGUUUUACCCACCCGAUCCCUCAAUUCUGUCUGAGGACAUCACUAGAUAUCUCUUGUGUCUUCAGCUGAAGAAAGAUAUUCUGAUUGGCCGACUGCCCUGUCCAUCAGACAUCUUGUCUCUGUUGGGUUCAUACACAGUUCAGUCAACACUAGGAGAUUACGACCCAAAUCUCCACAAGAACAACUAUGUCAGUGAAAUCGUUCUUGCACCCAAUCAGAGUGAAGAGCUGGAGGAGAGAGUGAUGGAGCUGCAUUCCACAUACAGAUUCAUGAGUCCUGCCCAGGCAGAUAUGCUUUUCCUUGAGAACGCCAUGGGGCUUCCCAUGUAUGGAGUUGACCUGCAUCCUGCCAAAGAUGUCAGCGGUGCAGAUGUGAUGCUCGGCGUGUGCUCUGAGGGACUGAUGGUUUAUGAGGAUGGGAUAAAAACAAAUGUUUUCUUUUGGCCCAGAGUUCUUAAAAUCUCCCACAAACGCAGCACCUUCCUUCUCAAGAUGCGUCCUUCUGAGCCAGAUGAGUCUGAGGGUGACGUCAGCUUUAGAUUGGCCACCUACCGAGCCUGCAAACAACUAUGGAAAUGCUCUGUAGAACAUCAUAGCUUCUUCAGAAACAGACUUCAAGACACAAAAGCAAAACGGCUCUUGACCUUGGGUUCCAGGUUCCGCCACCAUGGACUCACUCAGUCUGAGUGUCUGGAGGCCAGUGGCAACAUCACGCGAGCUCCUCCACGAUUCACACGUUAUAUCAACAAGAGAAAAGCAAAUGAAGAAAUUCUUGAUAUUCUAACGCAACCAGUUCGAGCAGAGUUUGACGAUUGGUUCCUGGUCUACGGUCCAGACAAAUGGCACAUUUCUACAUCAGAUGAUGGGAUGCUGGAAAGCCAAAAGCUGCAGGAGUGGAAGCAUCAUGCAGAUGAUUGGUGUGUCCUCCUUGACAGCAGCCCAUUUUCACUAUCAGGCGUCCAGCAGCCUCUUCAGACGGAAGAACUGAGAGAGGACGUGGAAGUUGUGGAGGGGUCAGACGAGAGGCUCACAAAUGAGCUUGUGAUAAAACAAUCAUAUAAAGUUCAGGUGGUCCAGGAGGGGUCUGAUGUUAUCGAGAAAGAACACCAGGAAGUAAUGAAACCUCUAAAGGAGACACUAAGAGAGGAAGUACUAGAAGUCAAUGGAGAAAGAAUACAGAGGGUAGUAAUCACUAAACAAUGGACACAGGAGGUCAACUCUUUGGUGGAAUCACAAAUAGAUGUAGAGAAAAAGAUAGAGAGGAUGGAGCUGGUAGAAAGACAUGUUAUGGUCACUGAAGAGAGGAAAUUUGGUUCUGGGGACAUUUUUGAGAGACUGGAAAUCAUGGAGCAGAGACUGGAGGAGGUGGAGGCUAUCAAACGAAAGCUAGUUGAGGUGGAAGAACUGAGGGUUGGAUUACAGGAAGUGGAAAGUUUGGAACAAAGGUUGCAGCAAGUUGAAAAGGAGGAGCUUCAACGCGUGGAGACAGAUGAUUGGUACAUUUUACUAGAUUGCAGGCCAUUGAUGCUUACGCCUACUCCCAUAGGAAGAGUUCAGGAGGAGUUGCAACAGAUAGUAUAUAUCCCCAAACUAAUGAAGAAAGAUGAUGAUUGGUACAUUCUAUUGGAUGUGCUCCCACAAACCAUGGAGAUAUCGCAUCUUUCAGAUGUGAGCAGCUCCGUUCCUGAAGAAUAUCAGGCUGAAGAAGAGAAGAGAGAGGUAGAAAGGAAAAUACAGCAAGAGCUGGUGCCAUCGGAGAAGCCACAAACACUGACUACAGAGGAGGCGAUUCCGAGCAGAGUGGAAACAGAGGAGGUACAGAAAGAACAAAAGGAGCCGGUGACAGUGGAUUAUGGGAGACCACAGCCAGUUGUUCUUGAACAGAGAGCAGCAGAGCCUCAAACAGAUGAAGACGACGACUGGUUUGUCGUUUUGGAUGGUUCUCCUAAAAGAUCAGUGGCCUCUGUUGAGCUGUAUGAAGAGACCAGAGAGGACGUGAUCCGGAGCGGAGUGAAAACAGAGCAGGUAAAACAACAGGAGCAGGUGGCAGAGGAUUAUGGGAGACCACAGACACUUAUUCUGGAGCAGAGAGCAGCACAACCUCAAAGAGACGUGGAGGACGACUGGUUCAUCAUUUUUGAUGUUUCUCCUAAAGAAUCAGUGCCGUCGUCUCCACAGCUGCGAGGCACAUCUGUUGAGCUUUAUGAGGAGACCAGAGAGGAGGAGAUUCAGAGCAGAGUGAGGACUGAGGAGAAAGUGAUUGAGGUGAUGACCGUGAGCACUAAAGAACAAAUAACAGUACCAGAGAAGAAGAGGACGAGCAUCGUACAAACCCCACAGUUUCCAGUGGUGCCCAGGGAAGUUGAUGACGACUGGUUUCAGCUUUUUGACAAAGUGCCUUAUGAGCAGAAGAGUUUUCCAUCAGUGUCUGUCACUCCAGAAACUCGUGUUGUGUCUGUGGCUCCUUUGGAGGCUGAAGAAAAGAUCGCUGUUGGGAGGAGAAAAGAAGAGGUGCAGAUAAAACAACAGGAGCAGGUGACAGUGAAUUAUAGAAGGCCAGAGCCACUUGCAGAGCCUGAAAGAGACAUAGAGGACGACUGGUUCAUCAUUUUUGAUGUUUCUCCUAUAGAAUCAGAGCCGUCGUCUCCACAGCUGCGAGGCACAACUGUUGAGCUUUAUGAGGAGACCAGAGAGAAGGAGAUUCAGAGCAGAGUGAGGACUGAGGAGAAAGUGAUUGAGGUGAUGACCGUGAGCACUAAAGAACAAAUAACAGUACCAGAGAAGAAGAGGACGAGCAUCGUACAAACCCCACAGUUUCCAGUGGUGCCCAGGGAAGUUGAUGACGACUGGUUUCAGCUUUUUGACAAAGGGCCUUAUGAGCAGAAGAGUUUUCCAUCAGAUGUCAGAAGCACAGAUUUUGAGGUCUGUGAAAUCACCAAAGACCAGAGAGUUCAGAGGGUGGUGGAGGAGCAGAUGAGAGAGAAAAGACUGAUCACUGAAGAAAAGAGAGUGGUCAUUGAUGAGCCCAGAAAGAGAGCUGACGUUGUUCCGCAGAUGAUUCCCACCGGGGUUCAAGAAGUUCAUGAUGAUUGGUUUGAACUGCUGGACACAACACCUUCUGAGAAGAGGAGCGUCCCUUCAGUUGUUUCAGUGGCCACUGUAGAGCGUAGGAUUAAAGAACAGGAGGACAGAGAGAGACAGCAGGAGAUGAGAGUGAGAGAGGAGGAGAAGAGGAGACUAAGAGAACAAGAGAAGCGGAAACAGGAACUGGAAGCCAGAAGAGCUCAACCAUCUAUUACUCUGGCAACAGAAGUACAGCCUCAGAUUGAAGCAGAAGACGACUGGUUCAUUCUUUUUGAUGUUUCACCAGAAGAAACAGUUGUCGCAGAUGACCUUAAAGUGGACAGGAGGGCUGAGGAAGAGAAGAGGAGAAGGGAAGAAGAGAGGAAGAAACAGAUAAGAGUUGAGGAAAGACCAAAAAGGCCAUCUGUACCAGAGAAAAGACCAGUACAGCUGCAGACAGAAUUGGAGGACGAUUGGUUUACCCUUAUGGGUGCUUUCCCUAAAGAUUAUGUUCCCACUCUUCCACACACCCCUGUUAUUUCCCCAGUGGCUCCGCCCAAACCCCGCCCACAGAUCCCAGCUGACCAACCACUGACUUCCACUCCGACCGCACAACCUGUGUCCAUUACAAAAACCCGUCAGGAGAAGACAAAAGACGUCCUGAACAUCACACUGGAGUCUGAGGCUGAGACUGAGUCCGUGCUCAUGAGGAGGUCACAGAUAUGGAAAAAGAAAAUUGAGGGAGAGAGCAUUUAUGUUCGUCACAGCAUUCUGAUGCUGGAGGACUUGGAUGUGUCCCAGGAGAUUAUUUUAAAGCACCACGCCAGCAUUACUGAACUUAAGCGUGUCUUUAUGGAGGUCAAGGAAGAUUUCAAACCCACUGAAUGGGACAGACGUCUCUCGUCAUACUCACCUUCUGGCAAAGCUCAGCUCCCCCAUUUCAACGGCGAGAUACUCGUCAGAAUGGGCUUAAUUGAAGAUGAUGAAAAAACAGUCUUGCUUCGCCAACAAGAAACAAUAUAUGUUUGAAUUCAAACUGCCUGAUCAUUUCAUUUCUACGCACUUGCAUAUAAUCACGGCUGAAACAUUCAAGGAUGUGAACAUGUGGAAAAAACAAACGCUUUGCAUGUUUUAUAGAAUAUAACCCUCUUUUGCAGUUUUCAUCAAUUUGAUCAGUGUAAUUUAACAUUGUUGAAAGUUGUUUACUUGUACACUGGUAAUCCACAAUACUAUAUAAUUUGACAUAAUUUAAUUUUUAUAGACCUUCAAGCUGAAAAUCAAUACAAAUCUCAAGCUUCAAUUUAGUUUAUUUUAACUGCUUACACCUAUUCAAUUAUAAUCAAAAGGAAUAAAAGCUGUCAUAUGCACUGCCAAA